AACAUAUACGAAUUUUACCUCAAAAUGCAAAUAAACUAAUAUAUGCCCGGGUCCGGCUAAACUUUCAAUAAACAACAGGCUGCAAGUUUUGGUAAAUGUAUUUAACAAACGAUGUUUUAUGCGUUUAAUAAAAGAAAGCUACAGUAAGUGAAUGAAAAUGAGCGUGAGUCUCUUGUGAGUUUACUCGUGCUCGGCGUAGGCGCGCUCAUACAUAAAGGUCUCAGCAGCUCACGCGCCAGCCGCAAGCAAGACAAGGAGGGAACUCACAAUCUCCCGUGGUUUUCUUCAUUAACGGUGCUUUUGUUUGAGUAUAAACUGAUGGCGGCGUUGACUGGAGGAGAGACGUGCGUCAAGUAUUUGAUGUUUGUCUUCAAUUUCAUAUUUUGGAUUGCGGGUACAGGUGUCCUGGCUGUUGGAAUUUGGCUGAGGUUGGAUCCCAAGACUAAAGGCUUGUUUGUGGAUGAAAACUCUCCUUUUGUCUUCUACACCGGGGUGUACAUUCUCGUUGCCGCUGGUGCUUUGAUGAUGAUAGUGGGGUUUUUUGGAUGUUGUGGAGCCAUCCAGGAGUCCCCUUGCAUGCUGGGAGUAUUCUUCUUCUUUCUCUUGGUCAUAUUUGCAGUUGAAGUGGCUGCUGGAAUUUGGGGCUUUUCCAACCAGACCAAGGUCAUUGAAGAUAUAACAGCCUUUUACAAGGAGACAUAUAAAAAGUACAAAGAAACUAACCAGGAUGCUCUGAAAGAGACGAUUCGUCUUAUCCAGCAUGGACUGAACUGUUGUGGCCCUUCAGGACUUUUGCCGAUUGCUGAGGAGACCUGCCCUAAAAAAGAGGGGCUUGAUGAACUCAUUAUGAAGAGCUGCCCUGAUGCCAUUGAUGAAGUCUUUAACUCCAAGCUACACAUCAUCGGAGGUGUUGGAAUUGGCAUUGCAGUGAUUAUGAUCUUUGGCAUGAUCUUCAGCAUGAUGCUGUGCUGUGCCAUCCGAAAAACCCGGGAGAUUGUGUGAGGGUGUCGUCCCCAGUGUAUUUGUGUUGCAUGAUGUCUGUCCCAAAGCACUGUCGUGAACAUGACCUCAUCAGUUAGGUAGAUCAGCGGCAAGCACACAAUCUCUACACUUCACGAUGGGAAUUCACUCUUUAUCUUAGUUCAGGCAGCUCUGUGACAGCGUACAAUUGUGAUAAAUGAGACCACAGAAUUGGUUUAGCGUUUCAAACGCAUUCAAUAAGGCCUUCGAGUAUUUUUUUUUAUUUUUUUUAUCGCUCAUAGUAGAUUUUACAGAAUAACCAUUGUUUGCUUUGUUGUAUUUGCAGUAUUGCUUGAUAUGAAUUGUAAUGAACUUUUCUAAUGAUUUUCGGAUUUGUGUAUAGGGUUGAUUUGAUUUAUAAACAUCGGUGCAAACGGCUCCAAUAAAGCCAAAUUCAACAUUA